AGUUUCCCACCAUAUAGAAGGAAGACAAUCGCUCAUUCGUGCUAAUGAGCCCUCGUACCAUCAUCUUCUAAUCACCAUGUCCGAGGUGCACGUAGAGAUCGACAAACUUGACAGCAGCCGCAAGGACUCCACGUCUCCCCACGCAGAGGUCCAGGUCCUUGACCGUCCGACAGGAUGGAGGAGGUAUUACUACCACCCUGUCACCCAAGUGUCAAUGUUGGGACUCGUGUGUUUCAUGGGCCCUGGCAUCUUCGUUGCGCUUACUGGUCUCGGUGGCGGAGGCCAGGUCAAUAGUACAGUCCAAGCUAACGCCAGCGCGAUUUUGUACGCGACUUUUGCGUUUUUUGGGUUAAUCUCUGGUUCCAUUAAUAAUGUCCUUGGUCCUCGGCGCACUCUGACACUUGGAACUUUGGGCUACUCGUUGUACAUUGCCUCGUUCCUUGUUAUCAACAUCCAUCCUGAUGCGAGUGCUUUCGUAGUCGCGGCUGGUGCCAUCCUUGGUGUCUGUGCAGCUUUGCUUUGGACCGCACAGGGUUCUUUGAUGAUGGCAUACCCUACAGAGGCUCAGAAGGGCAUGUUCAUCUCUAUCUUUUGGGCCAUCUUCAAUCUUGGAGGGGUUCUGGGUUCUGCUGUAGCAUUUGGAACCAAUUUUAAGAGUACCGCCAACAGCAUUGGCAAUGGCACAUAUGUUGGCUUCCUAAUUUUGACCCUCAUCGGCGUAUUCCUCCCGCUGUUAAUGGUAAACCCAGACAAGGUGAUUCGUACGGACGGGACUCGCGUCACUGAAGUCCGCCACCCAUCAUGGAAGACAGAAUUGUUUCGCCUGUACGUGGCCCUGAAGACUGACCCUUGGAUCAUCCUCCUCUUCCCGAUGUUCUUUGCCAGUAAUUACUGCUAUACCUGGGAAUAUAAUGGUUACAACGGCGCGAUAUUCACUAUCCGUGCACGGGGCCUCAACAGUUUAAUGACCUACACAGCGCAAAUCCUUGGAUCUGUCUUCCUCGGUUACUUUAUUCUUGACCAGAAAAUGGUCAGCCGCAGAGUCCGUGCCUUCUACGGCUGGAUCCUCGUGUUCCUUGUAGCUUUCGCUGCCCACGUCUGGGCAUAUUUCUACCAGAAGACAUAUACCCGCGCUGAUACUUACAAGAUCGACAUCACGGACGAAACCUACGCUGCUCAUGUCUGGGUUAUGAUGGUUCAUGGCUUCCUGGAUUCAAUGUGGCAGACAUAUGCAUACUGGCUAAUGGGCGCGAUGUCGAACGACCCCGCCAAGCUGGCCGUGUUUACUGGCUUCUACAAGUCCCUGCAAUCAGCGGGUGCGGCAAGUGCCUGGAGUACUGAUGCCGCUAGAAUCCCAUACAUGAACAUCUUCCUGUCGACGUGGUGCCUAAUGGUCGCUAGCAUGAUCUUUGCCGCACCGAUGGUGUACCUUCGCGUCACCGAUCACACGUACGUGGAGGAUGAGACUAUUGUGCGAGUCGCGGAUGUGGAAAAGACCGAGCCUCCAGCGACUGGACGGAGAAAGAAUAAACAAACAGACGUUAGUUUGGAAGUUAGAUAGGUUACUAUUGAGACCGCACAAUUCUCAGAUUGACUCGCCGUUGGUGGGGUCUGAAAAUGCUGUAACAGUAACUGACAGUUAUGAAUACUACAAUCAAGUUGGUUUCCCAUUUCGAGCGGCACGAAAACCAUAGCACAUUCGCCACAUAAUAUUGCCU